AUGGGAUAUCCCACAGAAAGAUUUUCUGAUCCGGUAGAUGAAAAUCUCAUAUGUGGCAUCUGUCGCGGUGUGUUCAUUUAUCCUGUGGUUACAAAUUGUGGGCAUACAUUUUGUCACGCAUGUCUGGAUGAAUGGCUGCAGAAGCCAAAUUCUGAAAUCACUGCCGUCCUAUCCACCGGGAAUGAGAGUGAAACUCGUCUUCGAAGCACAAAUCUACGCUGCCCUGCGUGUCGCCAGCUGCUCGAUGCUUCGGUUUACCCGUCCGAGUCAGCAACACUGGUGGCUCAUUCUGGUUCACUGGCUUUGGCGAGACCUGUGCUAGCGCUGCGUAAUCUGAUUCGAUCGUUGCCCAUGAAGUGUGCUUACUCCAGUCGCGGCUGUGCAGUAGUGAAAUCGGUGGAAUUCAUGGAAAGUGAAAUUCACAAGUCCUGCUGUGCUUGUGCCCCAGUCAAAUGUGAAGGAUGUGGUGUUGAAGUAAAUCGAUCAGAGUUGGCAACUCACCGGCAGUUUUGCACUGAGAAUGAAAUGACGGUAACCAAAUCCACGUCAAACAAAUCAACACAAACAGAGAAGCUGAUAUGUAAACAUGCAGAUCAGUUUCGUAGUACUGCGUCGACAAAUCCGAUCGUAGGUUCACGUGAGCAGUUGACAGCUGCCUCACAUGAUCUUUGGGCUCCGGAUGAUUGUUUCCCAGUUCACCAUUCCCAGUCCACUCUGAGUGUAUUUAUGCAAUGUCGUGAACAAGAAACUAUGCGGUUCUUGAAUCUGAGUCUAAUGCAGCUUGUGCAUGAGUUAAAAUUUGAACUGGAAUGCAGUCAAACGGAGUUACGAAUUGCAAAAAUGCAAGUGAGAUCUUCCAAUGGGAGUCGUUUGAAAAAUGCUGCCAAGAAUAACCGGAGAAUGUGA